AUGUCGGACAUUGAAAAGCAGAAUGUCACUGGGGGCAAGGAAUACCAGCCCAACUAUGAUCAUCGUGGUUCCUCUAACUAUGCAGAUGGAACCGUUCCUGGCGAAUCAUUCGCUAUCGGCGAGACCUGGUAUGCGAAACUCCAACGACUUGCCGGCAAGUAUGGGGUUGAACAGCGAGGAAUUGAACGUGUUCCUGAAGAGGAGCGCGUUGAUGUUGGUUUCAAAAGUCUGUUGAACACCGGAACAAUGUGGCUCUCAGCCAACAUGGUCGUAUCUUCAUUCGCACUGGGACUUCUCGGAAAAUCGGUCUACAACCUUGGAUUUGUUGACGCUGUCCUGGUCAUCCUAUUCUUCAACCUAAUCGGCAUUCUACCCGUCUGCUACUACUCGACAUUCGGCCCACGAUUCGGCUUGCGACAAAUGGUCCUCUCCCGGUUCUUCUUUGGCUGGCACGGUGUCAAGCUGGUUGGUGUGUUCAACACGCUUGCAUGCGUCGGUUGGUCAGCCGUCAACUGCAUUGUUGGGGCCCAGUUGAUCUAUGCGGUGAACAACGACGUACCUGGAUUUGCGGGAAUCAUCAUCAUCUCUAUCUGCACCUUAAUUAUCUGCCUGUUUGGAUACAAGGUCGUCCAUGUCUACGAGUUCUGGUCUUGGAUCCCGACUUUCAUCGUCUUCCUCAUUACCCUUGGAAUCUUCGCCCACAGUGGAGAUUUUGUAAACAUGCCCAUGGGUACCGGGAAGGUCGAAAUGGGUUCUAUCUUCGGAUUUGGUGCAACCAUCUUUGGCUUCGCAACUGGAUGGUCUACUUAUGCUGCCGACUACACUGUCUACAUGCCUUCCAGCACCUCUCGCGUCAAGGUGUUCUUCGCUACUUUCACCGGCCUCAUUAUCCCCCUCCUAUUCACCGAAAUACUCGCCGCUGCCGUUAUGACUGCCACAAGCAUCAACGGUGGUGAUAACAUCUACAUGGAGGGCUAUGAAUCGUCCGGAGCUGGCGGCCUCCUUGCUGCUGUACUCUUCCCCAAACUCGGAGGAUUCGGUCGAUUCUGCCUAAUCCUCAUGGCGCUCUCCAUCGUCGCAAACAACUGUCCAAACGUUUACUCUGUUGCUCUUACUAUGCAAAUCUUUGGGCGCUGGACUCAACGCAUCCCUCGAUUCGUCUGGACCAUCAUUGGUACUUGCGUCUACGUUGCGAUUGCUAUUGCCGGCUACUCGCACUUCGAGGAGGCUCUGGAUCAUUUCUUGGUCUUCAUUGGCUACUGGCUUGCAAUCUACACGGGUAUUGUCCUGACCGACCACUUCGUCUUCAAGCGCGGAUUCAGUGGUUAUCGACCCGAAUAUUACGAUCAACCCUCCAAACUCCCUCACGGAAUCGCUGCCGUGGUUGCCUUCUGCUUCGGCAUCGUCGGUAUGGUUGUUGGUAUGAGCCAAGUUUGGUUCGUUGGGCCGAUUGCCCUCCAUGCUGGCGAAGCACCAAUUGGGGGUGACGUUGGAUUUGAGCUAGCAUUUGCGUUUGCUGCUGUCAGCUAUCUUGGGCUUAGGACAUUAGAGCUGAAGUACUUCGGCAGAUGA